GCAGGCGCAGAACAGGGCAGGGAGGCACGAACACACGCUUGGUGCCCGUCCACGGACGGACACCAAGCGUUUUAUUAGAGAGGAUGUAUACUUGUUCACUCAUCCAAAGUUAGCAAAAACUUAUUAAAAAGAGAGAAAGAGAAAUGGAGGAAGUAUGGUUUCUGUAAGUGUCGAAAUUGCUGAGAGGCCAAUCAUCAUCAUCCCAAGGUCCUGUAGCCAUGGACACAGUGAAACCACUUAUAACUUGAAAGUGAGAAGAUAGUGACAGAAAAAUACAACACACCUUGCUAUGCGAUCCUAUGCUUAUUUAACUGGGAGUAAGGCUUCUUGAACAGAACGCAGUGGAAUUUCUAACAUCCGUUCCCUUACACCUAGCAAGGUACCAGGCUAUAAAGGUGGUUGGUUUGGCUUUCGAGAUCCUGGUUUCAGCUUUGAGGUUCCCCCAGAUCUAGGCAACAUUCAGAGGAUAAGCGAAAAGGAAAAUCAGGUGCACACACCAUUUCUGUCCUGCGGCAAAACACCUCACCUACCUACUCAACUAGCCAUAGGUUUGCAUCCCCACUGCUACGACUGUAACGGCCUUGCUUAAAGUGACAAUAUUGCCGGCCGGCUCCGCGCUAUGUCAUCCGGCCUGUCCGAACUUCGACUGGCACAGCUCAGGAGGAGACAGAGCACGCUGCGGCUGGAGGAGGGCGACGCGCUGAGGACGAGAUUCAGAAAAGAAGCCAUGGACAAAACCAAGUACUUUCUGCUCAUUGCCUUCUUUACUAUAAUUGUGUUCUGCAGUUCUGGGAAUGCACUCAGAUGUUACAGCUGUGAACAAAGUCCCAUGCUGUGUAGAACCAAUGUUACCUGCAGUUAUGAAGAUGAUGUUUGCUUGCAGAUCAGGUUUGUGAAUUUGAGAACCUACAGCUGCUGGAAAACAUCACGAUGCAAUACUAAUGAAAUUGCCAAUUACUUUCAUGCUGACAGUUUUAGAUUUCUUUGCUGCUAUAGAGACCUCUGUAACAAGAUGAGUCCACGCAUCUUGGUUAGUACUGCUGCCCUUGGUGUUUCUGCAAUGACUAUGGUAUGGAUGAUGUACCUAUAAUGUGGAGAUGAAAAGAAAUGUGUUCUCUGUCAAUCACACUUUUUUCUUUUGAGUUGGCAUGCCUGAAAUGCUUUGGAGAAGGUGCACAUUGUCUUUAACCAGAAAACUGUUGAGAGAGGAAGGUGCUUAUCAGAAGACCCCUGCUGGAUCAGUCCAAAGUCUUUCUAGUCCUGCAUCCUGUUUCCCACAUGGGCAGUCUGAGAAGUCAAAUUUUGUAAUAACAAAUGGCCAUAAUCAAUUGGAGGACUUUUUUUGUAAUUAAGUGUAAGUGGAAAGUACAAGAUAAUACAGUACUAAUACAAUAAUAAGUUAGACAAAACCUUAGCCAGUGUAUUCCAAUUGCAUUUAGGAUUGCAGCCUAAUAAAUACUUGCCCUCCAAUUUUUUAUUUAAGCCUGAAGGCUGAAGUGUGAAGGCUUUCUCUAAAAAGAGUUUGAGAAAAUUUUACUCUAGUCAGAGAGAUAUGAAAAGCUUGGCAUAUUGAUAGUGUUCUUAAAAACACAAGUCCCAGUGGAAAUCUAACGCUUAUUAGAAGAAAUGAUGAUCUGUCAUUCAUACUUGGUGCUUCUAUAGUUAUUCAAGAAAUGGACACACUCUCCCCCUCCAUUUCUUGCCACAUUUUUAAAACUGCCAAUAUUCUUACUAGCAUUACAGCAGUUUCACAAAUGUAUUGUGUGAAUAAUGCUUAUACUGUAUAAUAUGUCUGAACUCCUAGGAGAGCAUUGGCUUUGCUCACUUGCACAUCCAUUCAUUGAGCACUUAGAAUAGGCAGCAACCAUGUUCUACAAUAUAUGGAACUUACUUCAAUAGUUUUCCAAUGUAACAUGAUUCUAAGUAUAUACAGACACUUUAAAGAAAUAGUGCACUAAAUGUGGGGGCAGUUCACCCAGUUUCUGGAAACCUUCAUCACAAACACCAUCCAGGAGUAGAAUACUAUGUUAAGCUAAGCAUACUUUCUAAUUUACAGCAGUUGUGAGCAAAUAAUACCACAUUUUCCAUUGACACUUGUUUUGUCAAAAUGAAUUUUGUUAUAGACAUUCGGGAAAAUUGUUCAAUCAUGUGGAACAUGACUGAUGGUUUUUAAAAUAUAAUAAAUAUUUAAUAUAUAUAUAAAAAUGGUAAAUAAAACAAGUUUCUGCGUUGUA